AGUGCCGGACCCGUACAGUUUCUCGGCAGUUUGAGGAUCGACUACAGCCAUUUUCUUGCAGACUUUAAUGGGAAAAACACAGCACAUUUAGCUUUAACUUUGGGGUUAAAUCUGGCAAUAAAUAGGCUUUUUAUUCCGAAAGUACAAACGGUUAUAUCGUGUGUUAUUGCCGUGUUUGUCAUCGCUUUAGCUAACGUUAGCCGCGGUAGCCUGGCGCGCGACGAGGACGAAGGUUGACAAAUGUCAAGACCACGGUCCAGAUCACCACGUUACAGGAGGUUCCCGUGGGAUGAACCAGACUUUGAUCCUCACAAAGUCGUUGCAGAACUCGACGGGAAUCCGUCGCAGAGGAGCCACCGCUCCCGAGAAGAUCCUGAAGAGCACUGGAACUACGUCAGGGAAGACAUGCACCCUGAAGCCCCGAGGAGAACCUCUCCUUUCCCAGACGACCGUCACUUUGGGCAUCAACGCCAUCCGAACCAGGAGGAGUUUUACCGCCAGAGGCCGUCGCCACGUCAUAGUGUGACGAGCUUUGAUGAAGACCGGAGGCUUUCCCCACUGCAUGAUGAUGGAGGAGGAGGAGGAGGAGGUGGAGGUGGAGGAAGACGCAGAGGAGGGUUUAGAGAGCUCUUCCAGAGAUAUGAAAACAGGGAGAGGUUCCUUCAGUCGCCUCUGAGGUUGGCGAGGGAAAAAUUGCCGCUGACGCCGAGGCCUCACCCGGACCACCAACAGAGAGAGCCGGGGAUCAGCUCGAGGAGAGAGGAGCAGGGCCGAGGUCGAGGGAGGUUCAGGGACCUCAGUCCCAGUGGGAGGUCGGAGGACCAAAGAGGGGGAGCAGGUAGGGAAAGAGGAAGGAAGCCUGCACAGGGUCCUUACAGAGACAGACGAAGAGAGGACUCCCAUCAGGAGAGGAACCCCACCUUUAAAAGGCAAAGGAGAGAAAUGGAUGACGCCACUCACCUUGGGUACAGGAAUGAGGAGGACUUUGGGGUGGACUCACCCAGAGAUAGGUUUGGAGGAGACACUCGGCACUCUGGACCGCUCGUCGUUGAACACGAUCACGGCAUCGCCGACAGCAAGGAGCCGCCACGGUGGGAACAAUUUGACGAUCGCAGAGAUCUCGACCCCGACUUUGAUCGUCAGAGGAGUCCCCGUCAGGUGAGCUCGUCUCAGGAGCGUUUCAGGACGCCGGACAGCAGGUUGGAUGAUCGGGAAGAUGCAAGAGGACGCCAAGAUAACUGGAGGGACCCCAACUAUCAUGAAACUAGGAGGAACCCCGCGCCGCAAGAGAGACCGAACCCCGUGAGAUACGGUAAUCGAGAGGGUCCCGUGAACCACCGGGGGAACGGUGGGUCUCAGCCAGCGAGAGGGCAGUUCAGCCGUGGUCAGGGUGGAAGAACCGGACCGCCCAGGACUCAACCACGCGUUCAGCCGUCCUCACAAGGAUACCAAGAUUUUCCUCACGAAGAGCAAAGACCGGGGUACCGACCCUUCAGGGGAGACGUUAACGAGGACCCCGUCGACACGGAGCCCGACUGGCCAGAGGAAGAGCGGCACCUGCAGAGGAACAUCCUGGACCCUAAAAUGCCCCGUCAGAGGCAGCGAGGGUGGAGCGAUCAGAAACCCAACAACAUGGCCGUCGUAACGGAGGAAACGCUAACCAUCAAAGUCGACAUGAGCCGACCCGUAAACAAUAACAGCUCGCUGUGUUACUCCUCAGACCGGCAGCUCUCUCUAGACCUGGUCAACGUGGGCCGCCAGCGUCUGGACUUCCUGCCCAUGCUGGAGCACUCCGGGACGUACCGGGAGUCCGCCGCGCACACCGGGGCCUUCGCCCAGGAAAUCAUCAUGCUGGUGCACCACGUCAAAGAGCAGUAUUUCAGAGACGACGGGGUCUCUCUCAGCGAGCGAUUCUCAACUCCACAAACCGGCGGCUACUCUGAGGACGAGUCUGAGGAGCUGACGCUGGACGAGAGGUUCAGCUCCAACCGAGGCUUCAGUUUAAAUAUAAACUCGCUGCUCGAUGACGAUGACGACGAGCCUCUGUUCUCCAGACUGGGAGUCUUGCAGCCGGUUCGAGGCCCAGGAGACCUGAGGCACGACCUGGAGAGGAGGAGACAGGAGAGGCUGGAGGGGGUUAAAGUCACCAUAUCAGGGAGCAGCAUGUCACAGCGCCCCCCGGGGCCCAGCAGUGAGCCGGGGUUCGAGUACAGCGACCAGGACGAGAUGUCUCAGACGGAGGACGAAGGCUUCUCCAGCUGGUCAGAGGAGCAGAGCCGGAGACGAGAAGGACUCGCGGGACCAAGGAGAGGAGCUCCCUACGCCGCCCAACGCAGGAACACUCGGCCCGUCAACCCGAUCAGACCGAUGAGGCGGCCGAACAACCACAACAACCCCGAAGGUAACGAGACUCUGAGAACUAACGCAGGUCCUAACUGGUGAUCGGACACUGGGACGGUAUCCCCGAUCGGCUGCUGCUGGUUUUCUCAUUUUAAAACAAGCAGCCAAUUAAAAAGAGAUUUGUCUUCGUCUCGAGGCCGAGUUCUGUCGCCGUCGUAUCAAACUGUGAAGAAGAGGAAGAGCAGCACCUGUUCUGACGUCCAUCUUUGUUUAUUUCUGUCUUUCUCACAUCGAUGUCUCUAUCUUCUCAUUUCACACUUUGUCUCUAUAGAUGUUUGGUCUUUAUUGUUUUUUAAUCAGUCGUUUAUCAGGAUAAAUGUUGGUUUGAAACAUCCACAGAUUCAUCAGCGGAGAUGAAGUUGAUAAAAUACAAAUUAAAAUGAUUGUUCAUUCAUUUAGUCCUGCAGUCAGGUGACCAACACAUCCAGUGACGGUUUAUCUGCUUAUUGAAGUUCUGUUGUCUUUAUUUUUGUUGUCGUAUGACUUCUGUUGGUGACACACGACAGCGUUGCUGAAUAAAUAAAACAUUUUGUCAUUUUGA